AUGGGCCUUCACAUCGGCAUGCCCGUCACUGCGACAAAUGACACUAGUACACACCUUAUUACCAACUACAAUGGAAUAGGAAAACGGAACCAGGACAGAGAUUACCAGAUCCUCCAAACAGGUGAAGACGAACUGGUUCCUCUUUGGAAAGCGCUUCGAGCAACCACCGCAGCGCCAUAG